AUGGUUAGGGAUGAUCUAUACAUCACGAUUUCGAGCUUCUUCUGGUGUCCUAUAUCUCUCGGUAUUAAGAAAUCUCUAGGGCUUAUCCAGAUCUUGUCUGACUCAGUAAGCAACCGAGUAGAAUCGACCAAUUCUCUAGCCACCAGAACUGUCCCCUCCCCCAAUCAUGUCGUCGACUCUAUGAAAUACUUGGAUGGCCAAGGGGAGCACCGUCUCAAUUCCUUAACAAGAAUUGUAUAUUUCGCCAAAGAAUCUGAAGAGAAUCGUGAGUUCCUCAUGAUAUUAGAUGGAUUCGUGCCUUUACUCGUUGAUUUACUCGAUAAUGUCAAUGGCAUCUUGAAGAAAUUGAUGGUGAAGAACCACGACAAUUGCUUAGCCUCCCUGCUCCUUCUUUUGCAACAAGGCAGCGUUGGUGCCAAAAUGGGAUCGACGAGGAUUCUGAAGUUCAUCGUAGUGGAUGCCAAAUUCGAAGUCAUGAUCACCGAAAAGGAAGAGCAUGGGGAAGAUGUCUUCUCCAAUCCGAGCUGGCAAGUUGCAGGGGCCCCACUGGCCUCUGCUGCUAGUGUCUGCCAGAACCCUGAAGAACAUGCGGAAGAUGAAUCUGCCACGUGCGAAAGCGAGGAGACCACGUGGCGCCCCUUAGAAGGUCAGCCGUGA